AUGGCUGAAGUGUCGCACGAGCGUUGGGCCAACCAGCUCGAAUAUCUACUAUCAUGCCUUGGUUACGCCGUUGGCAUUGGAAAUAUUUGGAGAUUUCCGUAUUUGUGUUAUAAAAAUGGCGGAGGUGCAUUUCUCAUACCAUACUUUUUAACGUUAUUUGUAUGCGGUAUCCCACUCGUAUACUUGGAGACUACAUUGGGACAAUUUUCAAGCGCAGGAUGUAUUUCUGUCUUCAAUAUCAAUCCUCUGUUCAAAGGAGCUGGCUAUGCCGUUGUCGUCUUAAAUAUAAUUGCAGUGACAUACUUUUCUGCUAUUAUGUCUUAUCCGUUACUUUACAUAUACCAUUCGUUUAGUUCGCCGUUGCCUUGGCAAAGUUGCGGUAAUUCAUGGAAUACUGAAAGAUGUACUGAGAUAACUGGAAAUUCUACGUUUAUAGCAUCAACGGGAUCGCUUACGACACCUGAAGACGAAUUCUUCCAUGUACGUCUACUACAAAUGUCACCAAGUAUUUAUGAGAUUGGAGGUAUCGUGUGGCCUGUAUUCUUUUGCAACUUUAUAUGUUGGAUCCUCGUUUACCUCUGCAUAUGCAAUGGUGUCAAGAGCGUCGGUAAGAUUGUUUACUUUACAGUUUUGUUCCCGUAUGUGGUGCUCUUCGCUUUAUUUAUACGCGGCGUGACAUUACCUGGGGCUGCACAAGGCAUUCUGUAUUUUAUAUUACCAGAUUGGAGCCAACUUAAGAAUCCAAAGGUAUGGGCAGAUGCUGCAACCCAAUUAUUUUACUCGCUUGGUCCAGGAUGGGGAGGUUUAAUUAGCAUGGCCAGUUUUAAUAAAUUCCACUACAAUAAUUUAAGGUCAUCAGUAAUAAUACCAAUAGUGAACAGUGGUACGAGCGUAUGGGCUGGGUUCGUCGUUUUUUCGGUGUUGGGCUUUGCGGCGGAACGUGCCGGUGUGCCAGUGGGUCAGGUUGCCACUGCCGGACCGGGGCUAGCCUUCAUCACAUAUCCAGCAGUUGUUACUUUAAUGCCUGCGCCAAACUUCUGGGCUAUAACCUUCUUUGUCAUGCUCUUUUUUCUUGGCAUCGACACAAUGUUUGUUACCAUAGAAGCCGUAAUUGCAGGAUUACUAGAUGAGUUCCCGAAAUUGCGCCCACGCAGGAAAAUAUUAACGCUUUUGACUUGUUUAGUACUCUGCUGUAUCUCAAUCAUCUGUAACACGAAGGCUGGAUUUCAUAUCAUCGGAUUGCUGGAUUCUCACGUGGCGAUCGCUUGUGUGCCAGUGGUUUGUGCUAUGGAACUCAUUGCCGCUGUGUACACAUACGGCCAAGAUAAACUAAGUAUAGACGUACUUUUCAUGACCGGACGACCACUAAGAUGUUUUUGGCUGAUUUUAUGGAGAUAUAUUCUUCCGGUGGUACUACUGGUGAUUACCAUCUAUUCAUUGCGGGGGGCCUCCGGUCUGGCGGGCUGGUGCGUUGCGCUUGCAUCCGUCAUAUGCAUUCCAAUCCACGCACUCAGAACUAUUUACAUGUCCAGAGGACCUAUUUUCGAUAGAAUACGAGAAAACUGUCGGCCUAAUUCAAAUUGGGGUCCAUCAGAAACUGAUAUCCGGCUGCGAUGGAAUUCUUUUCGCGACAAGAAAAGGCACUCCGUACCUCUAGCUAUCAUGAAUAAUGAAGCUUACAACUUAUAA